AUGGGGUUUGGAGAUUUUUACUCGAUCUGCGAACAGGCGGCGGUUCCAUUAUGUGCAGAAGUAGGGGCGAUAUCAACGAUUGCGGGAAGCCAUGGUAUUGAGGCAACGUGCUAUUCGCGCAAUAUCGAAUUGGCCAACACGAUUAUAUUUCAAGCCGCAGCAAGCUUUGUGCAUAUCCUCGCCCUAAUCAUGACGGUUAUCAUGAUAUUGCAUGUGAAGAGUAAAUUUACUGCUGUCGGCCGAAAGGAAAUUAUAACUUUCUUCUACAUAUACAUGCUUCUCACAUUCAUUACUUUGCUCCUUGACUCUGGCGUCAUACCACCUGGAACUGGUCCAUACCCAUACUUUUCAGCCAUACAAAAUGGCCUCACAUCUGCGCUCACUGUCUGUUUAUUGAUUAAUGGAUUCGUUGGAUUUCAAUUGUACGAAGAUGGAACGCCAAUCUCUGUUUGGCUUCUCCGCUCAAUCAGUUUCGCCAUGUUCACCCUUACUUUCCUCGUUUCCCUCGCUACAUACAUGUCCUGGGCAGGACUUGGCCCUACUCGAACCAUUGGACUCUUCGUUGUGCUAUACCUACUUUCCGCUAUUGAAUUGGCCAUCUACGGCGUCAUGCAAGUCCUUCUUGUUGUAAACACACUCCAGGAUCGUUGGCCUCUGGGUGAACUCUCGUUUGCCCUUUUCUUCUUCGCUGCAGGACAGGUUGUACUUUACGCUUUCAGUGCUACCAUUUGUAACGCUAUCGACCAUUAUUUGGAUGGGUUAUUCUUUGCUUCGAUUGCUAAUCUUCUUGCUUACUGGGACUCUAUCACUAAAGAAGAUCUUGAAUUUUCCGUUGGCAUUAAGCAGAACAACUGGGAAGUCAAGGAUCUCCUCGAAGACGAGCGAAGAAACACUGUCUAUCAAGAUAUGGAUUACCAACACAGUCCAGGUCAUCAACCUAGAAACUCAAACUAUGGCGGCUUCAAUUAUUGA